AUGAGUUUAUCAAGUAAUUUAAUCAGUCGUUUAAGAAUUUUUUCUAACUCUGCUACAUAUUGCACUCGAGCACCUGGAAUGCAAAAACUAUGCUUAUCUCGAAAUUUACCUAUACCAAUACAAAAUAUUAUACCAGCUUCAACUUCAUUACAAAAUACACCAUUACCUGAAAACCCGACUCCUAUAGGCGAUCUAAUUUCAUUUAAUAAAAAUAUACCAACAUACUACCCGAAUGUGUCAAAUAUACCAGUAGUUGACUUUCCAACUAAAAAAGAAUGGUUCGAUCUAAUGGAAUCAAAUAAUAACGAGCCUAGUAAUCCAGAUCCUCAAGUUUAUCAUUUUCUAGAUUUAGAUAUAGAAGUACUAUGGCCAGUCCCAUUUCCCGAUAACAAAGAACAUUGUGUAAUAUGGCAAAAUGGAAUUCGGACUGCAAAAGAUAUGUUCAAGGUAGAUGGAGCCGAAUAUACUUUCUCAACCUGGUUUACAGAAGCUAAAGAGAUAGAUUUGGCCA